CCGCCGCCGCCUCCGUGGGCGGCCAGGCCGCCGCCGCCGCUGCCGCCGCCGCCUCCCUGCACUUCCCCUCCUCCAACGUCGUCGAUUUCAAGGCGCACCUGCCGCCUUCGCUAGCCUCAGACCCGAGAAUAUGGUCACGAGAGGAUGUGGCAGCUUUCUUGAAGUGGUGUGAGAGGGAAUUCGACUUGCCCGAAUUCAACAUGGACAUGUUCCAGAUGAACGGCAAGGCCCUGUGCCUGCUGACGAAGGCAGACCUGGGCGAGCGGUCGUCUGCGGCGGGCGACGUGCUGCACAACGUUCUGCAGCUGCUGGUGCGCGAUGCGGCGGCACUGGCACGCUGCCUGCCCUCCAGCCCCGUAACGCCCACAUCGCGCUGCUACCCACCACCCCCGCCGCCGUCACCCGCCGCCUGGGGAUUCGUCGAUUUUCCACCCCCCUCUGGGUUCGUGCACCUCGUGCAACACGGCAACUCUGUCACACUCAGUCCUGCACCCUCCGUCGAUAGCCAGUCGGGGAGCCCACAGCAUGCAGACCACAUGGCGGCAUCGUCGUACCACAGUGGCAGUGCGGGUAGCAACAGCAACGGUUCCGACUCAGACGAUGACAGCUGCCAGGAGGCGGCAGGUCCGGGCCACGCGGGCAGCUCGCCACCCCCUACCGCAACUGCUGCCCCUGCACCAGCCCCUGCGCACCAACAGCUCCAGCACACGCAGCCCCCACCACCGAGCCUGCCACCCCCGUCACCCACGGCACGCGAGCCGCCUCCGUCGCCUGCUUCCAACACUGUUUUCAGGAACGCUUUCGCACCCCGCGAAUUCUUCCCUUCGGACACCCCGGAGCCUAACACCAAUGGCCGCCUUUUGUGGGAUUUCCUGCAACAGCUGCUGAAUGAUCCAACACAACGGUACACAAACUACAUUGCAUGGAAGAACCGGGACACUGGUGUUUUCAAGAUUGUUGAUCCCGCAGGACUUGCAAAGUUAUGGGGGAUUCAGAAGAACCAUCUUUCAAUGAACUAUGACAAAAUGUCUCGUGCUCUGCGGUAUUACUACAGAGUCAAUAUUCUGAGGAAAGUCCAGGGCGAGAGACAUUGCUACCAGUUCCUGCGCAACCCGAGUGAGCUGAAGAGCAUAAAGAACAUGUCACUACUGCGACAGCAGAUGAGUCCCCCGAGGGCAACAGGCCCUGCAGCGAGCCACAGUGCCUCGAGUUUGACGAUACCCAUCAGGGUGAAGUUGGAGCCUAAGAGUGAACCAGAUGGUGAAAAUAGGAAUGACAGUGACACUCCUGAUGAGUCUGAGGAGCCUACCGACUUGAGCAUGGAGCACCCAACGGACCUUAGCCCCACACGCACACAUGCUCAUCCUAAUGACAUUAACUGAUGGACAUCUGUAGACUGUGGGCAAAAGCAUCGGUAAUGUCCCAGAGUCAUAUAAGGUUCUGUGCUAGCUCUGACUAUGGUAUAAUCCACGGUCUCUUCAUUUUUUGAGGGGAGGCUAGUGGGUAUUACAGUAAGACUCGAGCAGCUGUAUGCUGAUUAUCUUGAGUGAACCGAUUGGUUAAAAUUGCUCAUAACCUCCUAUCAGUCUUGUGUAAUUAUCUGAUAUGUGAUAAUUUAUUGUCCCUCGUUCUUCAGCAGAGUCAAUUUUUAUUUUGAAAAGUAGUAAUUUUAUAUGUCAUUUUUGCUGUGGCCAUUAUGGAGAUAACAGAAGCAACAAUCAUGGCAAGCUUUACAAAACAGAUGGAAACGCUGUUUUCGCAGGGUAUGUUUCAUGAAUUGUUGGUAUGGUUUGGAGCAGGUGAAGAGGAAGUGAAGUGAAGUUCUGACCUGUGUAAUUACCUCCAUUGGGACAGUGCAGCUGUGUCAAAGAGUGUCAAAGUCCUAUCCUGUUAUAUGGUAAUUAGACACAUUUGUGAAAACACUGAAUCUUUAAAACGUAUUCAGGAAAACUACUGAAACAAAGAAAAACAAGUUUGUCAUAAAGUCCAUUCUUUUUGGAAGCAAACAGCUGUGGUAGUCCUUCGCUGUUUAGUCACAAGACGGAAGACUACUGUUGAUCAUCACAAUAUUUUGAUAUUUUGCUGGUGUUAUUAUUCAUUUUUUUCAAAUAUUCAGUAAUUUAAUAACCCAUCUAGAAGAUUGUAGUGAGAGUGAUUUUAAAAUGGUGAAAGUCACCACUGGCAAUUGAAUAUUGUGAUUCAGUACAAGUAAUCAACACAAGUGUUGGUAGCUUAUUGAGUGUUUAUCUUCUCACAUCAUGAGAGGUUUUUUCUGUGCCAUUUAUUUCAUGUAACAUUUAUGAGGUAAUAGACCAUUUCCCUGUUGGAAAUACUGCAGUUGACAUGCAGUAAGUGAUAAACGCGUAGAAACUUCUUAUUUUUUAAGAAAGUGUAAAAAUGCAGCACGCAUUGAAAGGUCAAUUCAUUACUGAAAUACAGUGUAUCAGUAAGAAAUGAGGGACCUUUACAUUGUACAGUCUAAAUUAGCUGCUCAGUUUUAGAGUUAGCGUAUCAUUGCAAAUGAAGUAAUGUGUAACACUAGUAAUUAUGACUGUGUGAAACAUUCUGUGGCUCUCAUAUAAAUGCCCAGUUAGCUACUAUGCUUUGUAACCUUCUACACGACCACAUCUCAGAAAGUGUGACAAAUUAAGAGACAGACUGGACACAUUUUGUUCUGUGACUACUUAUCAAAGUCUUUCACUAUUUAAUUAGAAGAUGUGGUAUACUGUGAAACCUCAGAACAAGCUGAGUGGCUGCAUUAUUUAUUACUUACUGAACAUUUGCUCUGUGUUUUGGACAGCAGCUCUGAAGCCUUGCAGAUUUUCUGUAGGGUAAAGUGUUUUCCACUGUGAUCAUUAUAUACAUAUAUAUUAUAUAUACAGUGAAUAUUUUCUUUGUUAAUCACUUGUAAAUAUAUAAAAAUGUUUUUGAAGGAGUGCUGUUAACAGAAUAUUUCUGACUUUGUAUAUUAUAAAUAAUGUUUUAGUUUUUUGGUGAUGAAGACCAGAAAAAUGUAAAUUUUUAAUUUCACAUUUUAGGACGGGACACAAAAUAAUUUUAUUGUACAGUUUAGAUAUAGGGGUUAAAUGUAAUUAGUGGAUUUAAACAGCUGGCUGCACCAAGUCUGAACCCACAAUGUGAUCGCACAUGAGGGCAUUUGGACAGAGUUGUGGAAUCGGGCAGCUUCGGGGUUUACUGAUUAAAUGGUCAUACUCAGAAUGUGAAAAUCUAUACAAUGAAUUGAAAGAUCUCAUUAUCUGUGAACUUCAAAAGUCUUUUGAAAAUUGAUGUACAAAUGAUAUUAAAGAGAGAGAGAUAACUA